GCCGGAGCCCGAGCCCGAGCCCGAGCCCCAGCCGCUGCCCGCCCCCGGCCGGGGCGUCCAGGAGCCGGCGGCGCGGCCAUGUGGGGCUAGCCCGCGCCCCGCCGGGCCUGCUGCGCGACCGGCAACAUGGAGGCGGCCGUCGGCGCCCCCGACGGCGGCGACCGCGGCGGCGCGGCGCCCCGCGAGGACGCGACGCCCAUGGACGCCUAUCUGCGGACCCUGGGCUUGUAUCGGAAACUGGUCGCCAAGGACGGGUCGUGCUUGUUCCGAGCCGUGGCGGAGCAGGUGCUACACUCCCAGUCUCGCCACGUCGAAGUCAGGAUGGCCUGCAUCCAUUACCUUCGGGAGAACCGAGAGAAGUUUGAAGAGUUUAUAGAAGGGUCAUUUGAAGAAUAUUUAAAACGUUUGGAAAAUCCACAGGAAUGGGUUGGACAAGUGGAAAUAAGUGCCCUUUCUCUUAUGUACAGGAAAGAUUUUAUAAUUUACCAGAAACCAAAUGUUUCUCCUUCACAAGUAACUGAAAAUAAUUUUCCUGAAAAGGUGUUGCUGUGUUUUUCAAAUGGAAAUCAUUAUGACAUUGUCUACCCCAUAAAGUAUAAAGAGAGCUCUGCUGUGUGUCAGUCUCUGCUUUAUGAAUUGCUAUAUGAGAAGGUGUUUAAAACUGACGUCAGUAAGAUCUUGAUGGGCCUGGAGAGCUCUGAAGUAGCGGAUGAAGAGAACAGUGAAAUAUCAGAUUCCGAGGAUGACAGUUGCAAGAGUAAACCUACCACUGUUCAUGAUGUGAAUGGAUUUAAAACUUUGUCCGGUGAUCAGCACCCGAAAAGCAAUGGAAACUCUCCUAGCCUUCCUUUGUCUAGAAAGGUUCUUAAGUCACUCAGUCCAGCAGUCUAUAGAAAUGUGGAAUAUGAAAUUUGGCUAAAGUCUAAACAAGCUCAACAAAAGCAUGAUUAUUCCAUUGCUGCUGGCUUACAGUAUGAAGUUGGAGAUAAAUGCCAGGUUAGGUUGGAUCACAAUGGAAAAUUUUCUCAUGCAGACUUUCAAGGGGUUCACUCUGAGAAUGGGCCAGUUUCGGUCGAAGAACUUGGAAAGAAAUACUCACCGAAGAACCUCAAACCGCCUCCCUCAGAAAGCUGGAACACAGUGUCAGGGAAGAAGAUGAAAAAACCUCCUUCGGGACAGAAUUUCCAUUCUGACAUGGAUUACAGAGGGCCAAAGAACUCAAACAAGCCAAUAAAAGCCCCGUCAGCUCUACCUCCUCGCCUCCAGCACCCUUCGGGAGUGAGACAGCAUGCAUUCUCCAGUCAUUCUGCUGCGUCACAGUCUCAGAAAACCUCCAGCGAGCACAAAAAUCUUAGCAGAACACCCUCACAGAUCAUAAGAAAACCUGAUCGUGAAAGAGCUGAGGAUUUUGAUGCCACGACCCGAGAACCUAACUAUUUCGGCCUCUCUCCAGAAGAGCGCAGAGAGAAGCAAGCUAUAGAAGAGUCUCGUUUGCUCUAUGAGAUUCAGAACAGAGAUGAACAGGCUUUCCCAGCCCUUUCUAGUUCAUCAGUCAGCCAGUCAGCUUCUCAGAGUAGCAACCCAGGCAUCCAGAGAAAAUCAUCCCAUGGAAGCGAUCGAAAAGGAAGCAGGCGGAGAAUGGACACUGAAGAACGGAAAGAUAAAGACUCUGUCCAUGGACAUACUCCCUUGGAUAAAAAACCUGAGCCAGGCACAUUGGAGAAUAUUAGCAAUGAUAAGUGUGUAAGAAUUUCAUCACCAUCAAAAUCAAAGAAAUUAGAGUGCCCACCUCCUACAGAGCAAAAGCCAGCAGAACAUGUGUCUCUGUCAAAUCCAGCUCCCCUUCUAGUUUCUCCAGAGGUACAUCUAACUCCCGCGGUGCCUUCCUUACCAGCCACUGUGCCCGCCUGGCCGAGCGAACCUACAACGUUUGGACCAACAGGUGUCCCUGCCCAAAUUCCUGUCUUGUCAGUGACACAGACUCUGACUACCGGACCUGAUUCUGCUGUGUCCCAAGCUCAUUUGACACCCUCUCCAGUUCCUGUGUCAAUACAGGCCGUGAACCAGCCCUUGAUGCCUUUGCCUCAGACACUGAGCCUUUACCAGGACCCACUGUAUCCUGGGUUUCCUUGUAACGAAAAGGGAGAUCGAGCCAUUGCACCACCUUACUCACUGUGUCACACGGGGGAGGACCUGCCUAAAGAUAAGAACAUUCUUCGAUUCUUCUUCAAUCUUGGUGUAAAGGCAUAUAGUUGUCCUAUGUGGGCCCCACACUCUUACCUGUACCCUCUGCAUCAGGCCUACCUGGCAGCCUGCAGGAUGUACCCAAAGGUCCCUGUCCCUAUGUAUCCUCAGAACCCGUGGUUCCAAGAAGCUCCUUCUGCUCAGAACGAGAGUGAUUGUACGUGUCCAGAUGCACACUUCCCCAUGGAGCCCGAGGGCAGCGUGAACGGCCAGAUGCCACAGGCAGAGAUGGGCCCGCCCGCGUUUUCCUCACCCCUGGUCAUCCCUCCGUCUCAGGUGUCUGACAGUCACGGACAGUUGUCCUACCAGGCGGACCUACAAUCGGAGAACACAGGGCAGCUCCUUCACGCCGACUAUGAGGAGUCGCUGAGUGGCAAGAACAUGUUCCCGCAGCCGUCCUUUGGCCCGAACCCGUUCUUGGGCCCGGUCCCCAUCGCACCGCCUUUCUUUCCUCACGUUUGGUAUGGCUACCCUUUUCAGGGAUUCAUCGAGAAUCCAGUCAUGAGGCAGAAUAUCGUUCUGCCCUCUGAUGAGAAAGGAGAAUUGGAUCUGCCCCUGGAAAACCUCGAUCUCUCUAAAGAGUGUGCUUCCGUACCAGCAGCAGAGGAGUUUCCCGAGGCCGGGCGCGAGGACCCCCAUGCUCCCGCUGAAGCCGGCGCCAGCAAGCCUGCCGGCCGCGCCGAGCGCUCCUCGCAGACACCGAAGGCGGAGCCGGGCUCGGCUCCCGGGCCUCCUGUCGCUGAGGGCGAGGCGCAUGGCCCCGCUCAGCUUCUAAACAGAGAGAGGGAAGCUGCGCCCGCGGGCCUGGAGCCCAAAAGGACCAUUCCAAGUCUGAAAGAAAAACCAGAAAAAGGGAAAGAGCCGAAGACUGCUGCUGAUGCGGUCAGCGGGGCCAACUCUGUGGAUAGCAGGGUGCAGAGACCAAAAGAAGAGAGCUCAGAGGACGAAAACGAGGUGUCGCACAUUCUGAGGAGCGGGCGAUCCAAGCAGUUCUAUAACCAGACUUUCGGGGGGAGGAAGUACAAGAGCGACUGGGGCUAUUCGGGCCGCGGAGGGUACCCGCACGCCCGAGGCGAGGAGUCCUGGAAGGGGCAGCCGAGCAGGAGCCGUGACGAGGGCUACCAGUACCACCGGAACGUCCGCGGCCGGCCCUACCGGGGGGACAGGAGGAGGUCGGGGAUGGGGGACGGCCAUCGGGGACAGCACACCUGAUGUGUUGCUGCCGUACUUUAGAGUGGAAGCCAUUGCUUAGGUGGAAUGUCUGAAGGCUUUAAAAAAACAAAAAAAACCAAUAAAAACCCAAAUUGGAACGCUCUCCUCCCCUCCCCCCUUACCUUCACUCUCAUUCUGGACAGGAGAUUUUGGAUAUGUGUUCAGGGGGCAGGUGAAUUCCUGGUGUUGCCAUUUUUCUGUGUUCAAAACCUGUCUAUUUAUCAGGUGACUGCCCCUAUAAAAAGUAAAAGUAUUUUUUAUAAACAGCUUAAUAUGAACCAUUAUAGAUUUAGUGUUUGAUUUUUGUUUUUCCUUAUAUAAGUUUAAUUUCAGAUGUUGGAAACGUGUGCUUUGUAGUGUUUACUAAAGUGACAAAAUACACCAUUCGACACACUAUAGAUUCCAAAACAUAACAUCGCACCAAAUAGAAACGUAUAUUUUAUUAUGCAAUGCCUUAGUCAUAAACUGGGCUCAAACAGGUCUUAGCCUAAAACACUGUUGUCUUUUGAAACGCUUCCAACCCAAAGGCCUUUCAUCUCAAUAUCUGUCAAACUUGAAUGAUGUCUUCUCUUUAAUAUUACACAUAAGGCAGCCUAUUAACCUGUGUCUUAGAAAUGUUGUAUAUAGUUCUUUUAAUAUUCAUAGGGUAUAUUUUUGAAUUUUGGUGAGUAUUUGUUGAACUUGAGAUUGCAUACAAGAAUAGAUGUUUAAGAAAUCAUAGGAAAUCUAAUGAAAUGGCUGUUCCCACCAAGAAUUCUUAGCACUGGUGUAAAUAUCAUGGUGCCUACUCGAAAGAAAUGUAGAUGCUAUGCAUUUUGAAAAUAAUCUGCAUCUGUUAAAACUGCAGAAGUUUUUUAAUGCCACUUUAACACUAAUGCACUGACAGAUUUAAAUAUUUUGUGAGAAGAAAUGUUAAAAAAAUUUUUAGCCUGACAGGUUUCUAUAGAGUUACUGUGUUUCGUUUUUCUCUUUUGCACCAUCAGUUUAUGCGUACCACUUGACACUUGCAUGUUCAAUUUGUCUCGGCUGGAACUAUUGUACAAAAAAGGAUGAUUGUGACUUUGAGUUCUUUUUCUAGAGGAUGCUGCUAGACUGUGGAUUUGCUUUGCAUCGUGUAGCUUGUUGCCCCUUGGUAAUAUGUCCUUGAUCCCACUUCCUUCCUGUCUCUGCAGUAUUCAUUUAGAAGUUCCCUCUGCAUGGUGCACUCUGCUCCCAUUGGGAGAUUCGAGUCUCUGAAUUAACACAGUAUUCAUUCAUCUAUGUUACUGUGUAAAAAAAUUGCUGUAGCUUGUAUUUCUUAUUUGUACAUAUCAAUGUGAAAUUCUACCCUUUUUUAUGUUCUCCUUUGAUCAGGAAGUUUGAGUGCUAUGCAAAUAAUGUAGUUAAUUUCUCUUUGCAUGCCAUGUGUAGUACACCUAGCCAAAAGUAGUUUUGUUUUUUUUUUAAAAGCAAAUUACUUUA